UACAAAAUUAUUUAUACAUAAGAGGGGCGUGUCUCUUAUGAUCUCGCGAGAACUCAACUCAACCUCUAUCCCCUGUUACUAAAGCAGUGACAGUGUGGCUGCUGACAGGUGUGCUGCUGUAAUCAUGCUCAAAGCAAUAAACAAGACCCACCUCAGGCAGUUGUCUGGUCUGAUUCAGAGGUUUCAGAGUACUCUGGUUGUUGCCGAGCACAAUAAUGACACGCUGACCCCCAUCACCCUGAACGCCAUCACUGCUGCUAAUAAACUCGGCAGUGAUGUGUCCUGUUUGGUUGCUGGAACGAACUGUGCAAAGGUUGCAGAGCAGUUGUCCAAAGUUCAAGGGGUGAAGAAAGUUCUGAUAGCUCAACAUGAAGCCUACAAAGGGUUAUUGCCAGAGGAGCUGACACCCCUCAUCUUGGCAACCCAGAAACAGUUCAGUUUCACACACAUCUGUGCGGGAGCUUCUGCUUUCGGAAAGAAUCUCCUUCCAAGAGUGGCCGCCAAGUUGGAUGUGGCUCCCAUUUCAGAUAUCAUUGAGAUCAAAUCUCCAGACACCUUUGUGAGGACCAUUUAUGCCGGAAAUGCCCUCAGCACGGUCAAGUGCAAUGAAAGCGUCAAGGUCUUCACCGUUAGAGGCACUUCCUUUGAACCUGCGGCCGUAGAGGGGGGCAGCGCCUCUUCAGAGGAAGUCUCUUCGUCUGCCCCUGCUGGAGUCUCUGAGUGGCUGGAACAAACUCUAACUAAGAGUGACCGUCCAGAACUUACCGGUGCUAAAGUCGUGGUGUCUGGAGGGAGGGGCUUGAAGAGCGGCGAGAACUUCAAACUGCUCUACGACCUCGCCGACAAGCUGAACGCAGCCGUUGGUGCCUCCAGAGCCGCAGUUGAUGCUGGUUAUGUACCAAACGACAUGCAGGUUGGACAGACUGGAAAGAUUGUGGCUCCUGAGCUGUAUAUUGCAGUUGGCAUCUCUGGCGCUAUCCAACAUCUUGCUGGAAUGAAAGAUAGCAAGACCAUCGUUGCCAUCAACAAGGACCCAGAAGCCCCUAUUUUCCAGGUGGCUGACUAUGGCCUAGUGGCAGAUCUGUUCAAGGUUGUACCCGAGUUGACCGAAGCCCUGAAAAAGUGAGACUCCUCGCAAAGAUGGUACUCACCUGGAGAACUUUACUGGGAACCUGCCUUAAGAAGCUCUGAGCUGAUGCUCCACCGAUCUCUGGAGCUUGAUUUUCCUCCAGAACACCUCUAUGUACUUCCAACAUCUAAUGUAGACACCAGACCACUUCUUUUAAUAAAAGAAUUCAGUGACACAUGGGCUUAACAUAACUGUUGUUGAAGACUAAUCCAGGGUUGUCAAAUUCUGCUCCUGUGUUCACCUUCAACCCUAAACAAACACACCUGAACCAGCUAAUCCUGGACACCCCUGCUGUAUACUGACCUCAGUGGAGAAGAGCUCAUUUAUCCAGCAGUUGUGUAUGUCUUGUGAUGUUCUUUCCAUAUUCUGUGUUAUCUAUUGAUCGAAGUAAUUCGCUGUUUGUUGUAUUUUAACAAGGUAGCUAUGUGGCCUUGGAUGUUCACCGAAGCAAACCAAUAAACCUACUUCUCCUUGUA